CGCCUCUCAUUACAUAAAUGCGAGUUUCUCGCUCUUCUUUCUCACUCUCUCUCUCCUCUUCCAUUUACCAAUCUUGACACUGAGAAGAUCCCAUCAAAUUCCCACUCUGUUUUCCUUACUUUGUGAGAAUCAAUGGCGCAGCUCUUACUUCAUGGAACCCUCCAUGUCAAGAUCUAUGAAGUGGACACGCUGAAAGUUGGAGGCGGUGGGAAUAUCUUCAGCAAGUUUGUGGAGAAUUUCCAGGAGAAAGUUGGGUUCGGCGAAGGAACUCCCAAAAUCUAUGCAUCUAUUGAUUUGGAAAAGUCCAGAGUUGGGAGAACGAAAACGAUUGAAGAGAACCCCACCAAUCCUCAGUGGAAUGAGUCUUUUCACAUUUACUGUGCACAUAUGGCCUCAAAUGUCAUAUUCACAGUCAAAGAUGAUAAUCCCAUUGGUGCCACUUUGAUUGGAAGAGCUUAUGUGCCGGUCGAGGAAUUACUGGAGGGGGAUGAAGUAGAUAAGUGGGUUGAGAUACUUGAUGAAGACAAGAAUCCUAUUAAUGAAGAAUCUAAGAUCCAUGUUAAGUUGCAGUUUUUUGACAUUAACAGAGAUCGCAACUGGGCUCGUGGAAUUAAAAGUGCCAAGUAUCCUGGGGUUCCUUAUACCUUCUUUCCCCAAAGAAGAGGAUGCCGGGUUUCUCUGUACCAGGAUGCUCAUGUGCCGGAUGGAUUUAUUCCAGAGAUCCCAUUAUCUGGAGGGCAGAACUAUGAGCCCCAGAGAUGUUGGGAGGACGUGUUUGAUGCAAUCACGAAUGCAAAGCACUUUAUUUACAUCACUGGUUGGUCUGUUUACACCGAGAUCACGUUGAUAAGGGACUCACGAAGACCAAAGCCAGGUGGAGAUACUACUCUUGGCGAGCUCCUUAAGCAGAAAGCAAGUGAGGGUGUUCGGGUUCUUAUGCUAGUCUGGGAUGACAGAACCUCAGUGAGUUUACUGAAGAAAGAUGGUUUGAUGGCUACCCAUGAUGAAGAAACUGAACAGUACUUCCAGGGUACGGAUGUGCACUGCAAGCUGUGUCCCCGCAAUCCUGAUGAUGGCGGAAGCUUCGUUCAGGAUUUGCAAAUUUCCACCAUGUUUACUCAUCAUCAAAAGAUCGUGGUGGUAGACAGUGAUUUGCCAAAUGGAGAACCGGAUAAGAAGAGAGUUGUGAGUUUUGUCGGAGGCAUUGAUCUUUGUGACGGGAGAUACGAUACUCCCUUCCAUACACUUUUCAGAACUUUGGAUACGGCACAUCACGAUGAUUUCCAUCAGCCUAACUAUACUGGAGCUGCAAUCACCAAAGGUGGACCCCGAGAGCCGUGGCAUGACAUUCAUUCCCGACUGGAAGGGCCUAUUGCUUGGGAUGUUCUGUAUAAUUUUGAGCAGAGGUGGAAGAAGCAAGGUGGUAAGAAUGUAUUGGUUGACUUGAGAGAGCUCUCUGAUAUCAUUAUUCCUCCUUCUCCAGUCACGUUCCCCGACGACCACGACACAUGGAACGUGCAGCUAUUCAGAUCGAUUGAUGGUGGGGCAGCCUUUGGUUUCCCCGAUCAGCCUGAUGAGGCUGCCCAAGCAGGUCUUGUUAGUGGGAAGGAUAAUGUCAUUGACCGAAGCAUUCAAGAUGCGUAUAUCCAUGCUAUACGCCGGGCCAAAAAUUUUAUUUACAUAGAGAAUCAGUAUUUCUUGGGAGGCUGUUUUGGCUGGGACUGCAAUGAUAUUAAAGUCGAAGACAUUGGAGCUCUACAUCUCAUCCCGAAGGAACUGUCAUUGAAGAUUGUCAGCAAGAUCGAAGCUGGAGAAAGGUUCACCGUGUACAUUGUGGUUCCUAUGUGGCCCGAGGGGAUUCCGGAGAGUGCUUCAGUACAGGCUAUAUUAGACUGGCAGCGGAGGACGAUGGAGAUGAUGUACAAAGAUAUCAUUCAGGCCCUUAAAGCUAACGGUGUAGAAGAGGAUCCCAGAAAUUACUUAACAUUCUUCUGCCUUGGUAAUAGAGAAGUGAAGAAGAGUGGAGAAUAUGAACCAUCUGAACAACCCGAACCCGACUCAGACUAUCUGAAAGCGCAGGAGGCUCGGCGUUUUAUGAUCUACGUUCAUGCCAAGAUGAUGAUAGUUGAUGAUGAGUAUAUCAUAGUUGGAUCAGCAAAUAUCAACCAAAGAUCAAUGGAUGGUGCAAGGGAUUCCGAGAUAGCCAUGGGAGCCUAUCAACCGUAUCAUCUCGCAAACAGACAGCCAGCAAGGGGACAGAUCCACGGUUUCAGGAUGGCGCUAUGGUACGAACAUCUUGGCAUGAUCGAUGAAGCUUUCCUCCACCCUGAGAGUGAGGAAUGUGCAACGAAGGUGAAUGACAUGGCCGACAAGUACUGGGAUCUCUACUCCAGCGAAGAGCUAGAACGGGACCUGCCAGGUCACUUGCUCCGUUACCCUGUUGGGAUUGCGAGUGAAGGUGAGAUAACUGAACUUCCAGGAGCGGAGUUCUUCCCGGACACCAAAGCUCGCGUUCUUGGCACUAAAUCUGACUACCUCCCUCCCAUCCUCACCACCUAAGGACGUCCCGUGCUGUCUGAAUCCCGUCUCAGUUAAAUUUCCCGCGUAAUAAGAUGUUUGCCUGUUAUGAUCUGCAGAGUUGUUGUGCAUACUCAGUUGAUGUUGCUGGUGUUGAAUUUAGAUUUUACUGCUGACUUUUUGAUUGCUCACUGUUUGCUUAAAAUGUUGCUUAUUUCAGUUGUAUUGGAAUUCCAUAGUUUAUCUGAAAAGUGAGUUCAUUUUGAUGACA